AUGUUCAGGACUUCCGGGUCUAACGUGCGUGCUUUGCUUGGUUGCAGAUUCUAUUGGGACCUGUGUAUGCUGUUCCUGCUGGUGGCCAACCUGAUCAUCCUGCCGGUGGCUAUCUCCUUCUUCAACGACGACCUCUCCACACGCUGGAUCGCCUUCAACUGCCUCUCAGACACAAUAUUCCUCAUAGACAUUGUCGUCAAUUUUAGAACGGGUAUCAUGCAACAAGAUAAUUCCGAACAAGUCAUUCUCGACCCCAAGCUAAUCGCCAAGCACUACCUAAAGACUUGGUUCUUCCUCGACCUCAUCUCCUCGGUGCCACUCGACUAUAUCUUCCUCAUCUUCAACCAGUACCGCGACAAAGAGGACUUCAGCGAGAGUUUCCAGAUCCUCCAUGCGGGGCGGGCGCUGCGCAUCCUCCGCCUGGCCAAGCUGCUCUCCCUGGUCCGCCUCCUCCGCCUCUCCCGGCUGGUCCGAUACGUGUCGCAGUGGGAGGAGGUCUAUAUCCUAAAGAACCACCGCAAAAAGCACAGUGAGAGACGGAGUCCGCCUGGUGGCUCAGAUGCCCUGAACAGACGUAAAAGGAAGCCGUACAAUGUUUACAAUAUUCCAUUUUUUAAGUUCCUCAACAUGGCGUCCGUCUUCAUGCGCAUCUUCAACCUCAUCUCCAUGAUGCUCCUGAUCGGCCACUGGUCAGGGUGUCUACAGUUCCUCGUCCCCAUGCUGCAGGGCUUUCCCUCCAACUCUUGGGUGGCAAUCAACGAGCUUCAGAACUCCUACUGGCUAGAGCAGUACUCGUGGGCGUUCUUCAAGGCCAUGUCGCACAUGUUGUGCAUUGGGUACGGGCGCUUCCCGCCUCAGAACCUCACCGACCUGUGGCUCACCAUGAUCUCCAUGAUCUCCGGGGCCACCUGCUACGCGCUUUUCAUCGGCCACGCAACCAACCUCAUCCAGUCGCUGGACUCGUCCCGCCGCCAGUACCGCGAGCGGCUGAAACAGGUGGAGGAGUACAUGGCUUACCGCAAGUUGCCGCGGGAGCUGAGGACGAGGAUCACUGAGUACUUCGAGCACCGUUACCAGGGCAAAUUCUUCGACGAGGAAAUGAUCCUGGGAGAACUCUCAGAGAAACUCCGAGAGGACGUGAUAAACUUCAACUGCAGGGCCUUAGUUGCUUCCGUGCCAUUUUUUGCAAAUGCUGAUGCACGCUUUGUGACCGACGUGGUUACCAAACUGCGAUACGAGGUGUACCAACCAGGUGACAUUAUCAUCAAGGAGGGCACCAUUGGGAACAAGAUGUACUUCAUCCAGGAGGGCAUUGUUGAUAUUGUUAUGUCCAAUGGAGAUGUGGCGACCUCUCUCAGCGAUGGUUCCUACUUUGGUGAAAUCUGUCUCCUGACUAACGCAAGACGGACGGCCUCUGUGCGCGCAGAGACUUAUUGCAAUCUGUUUAGCCUGAGCGUGGAGCACUUCAACACUGUCCUAGACUCCUACCCGCUCAUGCGGCGGACUAUGGAGAGUGUAGCGGCGGAAAGGUUAAACAAGAUUGGCAAGAAUCCAUCCAUAGUUAGCAACAGAGAAGAUCUGACCAAUGACUGCAAAACGGUCAACGCGAUCGUGAACGCACUAGCAUCUGUGGCGUCAACGGAACAGUGUGACAGAGGGUCCAGCUCUGAGGAGUCCAUGAUGGGCCACGACGGCUCCAGCACGAAGGGUCGGCACCACCACAACCUACUCGACCUCGGCUCCAUCGGGAAAGCUCUCGCCAAGGGACACUUACCGAGGCCGAAAAGUGAAAACAAUUUCGCCCUCUCUCUAGAUAGUCCUUCUCCUCUCAGCCGCAACCGCCCUUCCUUUCACAAGUCCGACACUUUCCAUAAAGACACUUCGUUCCAAUAGCAGGGGGCCCCCGCCCAUGCACUUAUGCUCGUGGGCGCUACAGCUGAUCUUUUUUGUACUAUCAUGAAACACGGGGAGAGACCAAGUGACCUGCACCAACAAGUAACAAAAACAAACUCAAACUUCCAAGCACAUAGUGAACAAUCUUUGUGAUUUGUAAUGAUAGUGAUUAUUGUAGGUAAAAAAGAACUGUUAGUGUGUUUAUUAGGUGCUCAAUCCAUGAGAACCUCUGCUGGUGAGUAGUGCGUUGACAACCCCCUUCCCGGUGCAUAGCAAGGACACGUGUACACGCUAACAAGUAACCAAUCACGACAAGCUUCUGCCACACCUGAACUAUCUAACAGUAAGAGGGACACUAUUGUUGUGUUGUUAUUGCUUCAGAGGAUUAUCUGUUAUUAUGAGAAGGUGCCAAAGUCCAAGGAGAUCUGGCCUUUUGAGUGGUGGUCGAGUCUGUGUUCCUGACGUACAGCUGCUAGAGGUAGGAAAGCAAUAAUAUUACGUAAUCAAAGUGCAUUCAUGUUGAGUGCAGGAAAGGCAUGACAUGGGUACAACAUAUCUACUUGGGGUGAUAAAUGUCUUGCUAUAUGUUGACCUUUUGUAAAGUUUUACAUUAUAUUAUAAAUUUUUUGAACAGUGUUAGAAAGGCUUUGGAUAUUACGGUCAUGACGCGUAUCUGUUGUAAACUGGAGUUUUUAUAUCAAGAGAGUGUUAUUAAAAUCUAGUCGUAAGGUCCCUGCAGCCUAGCUGUGUGGUGCCCAUGUAUGCUGUUUGGAGUUGAUGCACGGUAUAGAGCUCGCUAAGCCUAUACUGAGCUCGUUCAUGCUGUAUAAAGCUCUCAAGCCUUUACCGAGCUCAUUUUGCUGUAAAAGAGUUCACAAGCCUGUCAUGCUAUAUAGAGCUUAUGUAAGCUGUAUAAAGCUCAUGUAUGCUAUAUAAAGCUCAUAUAUGCAUUAUAUAGCUCAUGUAGGCAGCAUAAGACUUAUAUAUACUGUACGAGUAUGAAACUCAUACGUAUAUGAAGCUCAUGUAUCCUAUAUUGAGCUCCUGUAUGGUGUAUAGACCUCGUGUGUGCUGUAUAAAGGAUUUGUAUGCUAACUAGAGCUCAGCAUUUACUGCAGAUGAGUAAUGCCUUCAUGCACGUGGAGGACUAGGGCGGUCAGGAACAACAGACACCCGGACGCUGGAGUAAGCUGCUUGCGAGGGGGCGUUGUCGGCCCCGCCUGUGAUUGAUGCAACACUUCAUCUCGCCAUCCCGCCGCUGCCACCACUGAUGCUCCUCCGUGACUCGUACAACGCUCAUAUUGUACACUGAAAAGCCUACCAAUAUUCCUAAUCCCUCAAUAUAAUAAUAAUAAUAAUAAUAAUAAUAAUAAUAAUAAUAAUAAUAAUAACAAUAAUAAUAAUAAUAAUAAUAAUAAUAAUAAUAAUAAUAAAGUUUGAAUAUAGUUUUUAAUGUUAUAUAGAGAUAUUUUCAAAAUCUUUUAUGUUUCUUAAUACUUAUUCUUUGUAUAUCUGAUAAAUGAUGUAAAUAUUGAAAGGAAAUUUUCUACUGUAAAUAUACAAUUACAUAAUGGUGAAGUUCUCGAGUCAGGGAUUGUUAGAAAAUAUUGGUAAUACCAUUUCUUGUGUACUACAGUUGUGCAACAUCGUGUUCAGUGGUGCAGGCAACAUCAUCUCCCAUACUUCACACACAUUCUCAGUGAUACAUCUUCAUGGUAUCAUAUUCAUGCCAAUUCAAGAGUUUAUUUUCGCUCGUCAGUGAGGAUAGUAAAAUAUGCAAUAAUUAAUGUCCACAUGUAGAACCAUAAGCUCAACUAGGGGCCCUAGGGAGGUAGUGCUAAUUUUGACAUUGCUAUCUAGCAUAGACCAAAGCUCACUUCUUGCAGCCACACCAGAAAAGUAAAUUAAAUAAACGAGCACUCCAGUCGUGCUUAAAAAAUCCCCAUAGACAUUAUUGUGAAAGUGCUUCUUGUAGGUUAACUUGUUGAGGUCAUGUUUUCUGUGUGAAUGUUAAUAGCAAGUAGCCAGUUUGUCACCCAGAGCUCCUCUUGAGUGCGCCACCCAGACAUUGAACCUGCAGCACCAGGGAAAAAACAGCAGUGUGAUCCUUUAUCAUUUCAUUUUUUUCUUUGGUUUCCUCUCACUUGCCAUUGUAGUGAUCACGUAGUCAAAGUGCCUCAAGUACUGAAGCUGUAGAGUUUAAUCUUCUCAGCAUCCUCUCCACAGCCUCUCAUCAGUCAUGCUAAUGGCAGAUUGGGUAUGAAUUUCCAUGGCAACCACAGUAGUUUUCAAUUAUUAUAUCAAGAUUCCCUCCCAUAUAGAGCGUCCCUCUCCUCCUCGCCCUGUCAGCACGGCCAGGCCCUCCACCCCCCCACCCACAGCCACUAUUGGUCAGCACUUGGAUGAUUCAGUCUUUCGUUGGUUGGUCAUGGAUAUUCUGCCUCAGAUAGAUAUAUUGCACAUUGUUUUAGGUGAAAAAAUUAUAAAAUAUUCAAAACUAUAAAUCUGUUAACGCCAUGCUCCACCGCGUUGUGUUUGAGAAGCAUGCGUAUGCAGUAUAUAAUUAUAUAUCUUUUAUUUUAUUGUUGAUGAUUUCACAGAUUAAGUGUCGGUCAAGGUUAGGGUAUGAUAAGCUAUCCUUCCAUUUUUAUGAUAAUCAUAUAUUUCAACAGGUAUUAUUUUAGCUCCCUACAAGCAGUAAUAAGCUUAAUACAGACAUAAUAGAGUUGCAUAAUGUACAACUGCAUAAGGUAACCAAUAGAGGGUAUUAUAAUAGCAAGGAGAGUUACGUUACUUUUCCUGUCAAUAUUUUGUAGAUUACUUUGGCCACCACUGUUCUGGGAUGCACUGUUCUUGAAGGCAGGUGAAGACUGCACGCAGGCUCGCCACUUUCCAGCCGCCUGCGUCUAUUUUGAAUCUCAAGAACGCCAGCCAUCUCGAGGCGGGGGGCGGCGCACCACCCCUCCGCCACAGGCCGCCUCCCCCGCCGCCACCCCACGCCCAGCAGCCACGCCCCCACCCAGCCCCAACCCCAUAUUGUUAUUGUUGAUUUCCUUCCCUUCCUGCUGCAUGUGAUGUGCGGCAGGACGAGGUUUCCAGUUCAAACCUAGAUAUUCGUUUUCAUUACUAAAGAAAAAUAUUUCAUAUGCAAGAUAAAACUGUUCAAAUUGUGCUACAAUCAUGUAAAUUAACAAAAAUGUUAUUAUUAGUUUGUUAUGGGAGACCACACCAGACCUGAAGCAGCGGGUGGUGCCUCUGACGGUCCUCAACACACUGUAUUGCUUAGCACAGGGGGAGGCCUUGGUGUGUGUGUCUGUGUGUGUGUGCCUUUCUAGUAAAUCUUUCUCAAUCAAAAAUUAUACAACAUACACUUCUUAUCCUGGCUAUUAAUAUUGAAGUGGCAUUACAGAUUCUGUUAAGUAUUCUCAGAGAAAGAAUUUCCUUUGUGGAAAUUACAGCCAUAAUAUUGUUUGUUGCUUUGGAAAGUUAUAAAAUACAACACUGGUAUUAAUCAGAAGGGGAGCGUAUUGUUAGAGUAAAAUUCAUUGGGAUCAUCACAUCUUUUCCUGAUUGUUUGUUAACCAUAGUUUCCCUGUUGCCUUGAUGCCCUCGCGACUUCCGGUUUGAGCCUCGUUCACCUGGAGAGGCAGUGAACCAGGUGCUGACUGAUCAAUUAUCUGCAUGCCUACAACAGCCUUAAUGCCACAUCGUCAAUUGGUGCUCGGAACUCACUCGUUUCAGUUAUUCAUCGCUCAUCGCUUCAUUUUAUUUUCAAGAAAUGGGAAAUCGUGUCGGGAAUCGCUGCUUGAGGCCACUCAGUUCAGUACACACUUGGGGAACACCCCUCGAUGCAUCUCGGGGCUCCACAACGAAUCAUAAAAACAUGCGCUUUAAUUUUUGGAAUAACACACGUAUACGAAACAUUUCAGUAAUAAAUUAUGGUUAUUAUAAAACGCUGAACCACUGUUUCUUAUUUACAAGGGGAAUAUGAAAAGACGACGGGCACUUCAGUCUUUCCAGUCUUGGAUGAAAAUGGUAUUUUUUCAGUUGGCAUCUCAGCGGCCACAGCUCCCCGGUAGUCAAGAGAGAGGCCCGCCACACGGCACCACUCCGCGCUGCACGUCAGUGUUGUGUCCCAUGUGUUUUCAUAAUAUAUAGUCAUCCGAUAGAUCAGAGAGGAUUUAGUCCAACCAGUGACGGUUUGAUGAAUAUUGCUUUUGUUUUACACCAAAUGCUUAAACAAGGUAAUUUAUGUCUUUUAUAUGAUUAUAAUUUUUUAAUGCUAACUUAUGUGCUAGCAUAUUGCUAGUUUAUGUAAAUAAUUUACAUUAUGCAGAGGUUAUUAGUUAA